UUAAUUUAUAAAAUUAUAUUCCCUAAACAAUCAAAUACCUUCCAAGUUACUUUUUAGGUUUUUUAAAACCUAAAUGGUUUGCUUUUUUAAGUAAUAUUGCAGAACAUCACAAACCCAUUAAGAUGCCGAAUUUUAAUGGAGCUAUUAUAAUGCAUACAAUGGAGUUGAUUAAAUCGCCGGCAACACUGCGAGAAAUUGUGAUGACUAUAGCCCAAAAUACAGAGCUACCACCAGAAGACAUUAAAAUGCCAGUGAAACAAACUCUGGAAAUGGGUUUGCGUUCGGGAUUUUUGCAGAAAGCUGAGGGUCGCUAUUAUUUGGAACCCAUUACUUUUACCCACCUUAUGAGUGAGAUACGGGCCUUGGACCCUUCAGAUAAUAUUGAGAAGCUGCAGAGCAAAAAGGUUGAAAAGUCCUUGAAGACAACUCUAAAACUGCCAUUAAGAAGAUCCCAAGUUCACAGAUAAUAAAAAAUCCUAAGCCCACGAAUGAGGGUACUCACAGGAAUUCGAAUAUCAAGCCGAAGGAUGAUAAUUUCAAAUCUUCAAAUACCUUAACGAAAAUGCCAUUGAUAGACAAUAUUUCUUUGGGAGUAAACAACAAAACUAUAUCCGAUUCAAAGAAGAAAUCAGUGACUUCCUUGGCAAUCAAACCAAGGCGUGUUAACAAUAAGUAAAAAUCAAGAUAAUGAUUUAACAGGACACGGAAGUUUUCAGUAAGCAGUUUAAAAAAAAUAUAUAAAAAA